AUGCUCCUUGCCCUCCUGACUCUGCCUGUCCAGCUUGCCUUCAUGCUAAACAGCCCCACUAUCAUCCACGUCUUUGGUCUAAACACCUGCGUGAAUUUGAGUUCCGGCGCCGCCUCCCUCCACAUGUCUCCCUCGGAGCCGGAGGGGGCCCGUGACCCGUUGAAGAAGCGGGGAAGGCCGGCCAAGGGCCCAAAGCCGUCGGCUCAAGACGCCGCGAUGGUCGCGGGGGCAGAGUCAAGUGCGCGUCGAGUGCCUCUCCAUGGGGAUCAAACGAGGAAAGAGGUGGCUUCGGUGGGAAGAGGCAGGGAGCCACGCUCACGAAAGGCAGCUGCGAGCCCGGAGGCGAUGAAUGGCACCGAUCCCUCCUCUUCCACCCUCUCCCCUCCUAAAAAAGCGCGGAAAGGACGCUCGAGAAAAGGGGACGAUGCCGUCUCGCAAGGCACGGCUGUAUCGACGGAAAGAUUGAAGGACGCGGCCGCUCCUACUUCCGCCGGCAGCUCCGCCGUCCCCAAGAGCAAACGCCCCCCCCUUCAACGGGCAACCAUCCCCCGAGGCCUCACUCCGCGACUAGAGGACGGCCCGCCCGUCUCCUUCUCCUCCUCCUCCUCCUCCUCC